GUGAGAGAAAGAGCAAGAGAAGCCGGUUUUUAAUUGUGAUUUAAUUUAAAACACCUUACAACCUCUAAUUUACCUCUCAUGGCUCUCUUUGACAUUGAUCAUCCAUGGGUCUUCACAUUCGGCAUCUUAGGCAAUGUUGUUUCAAUUUUGCUUUUCUUGACUACAGUGCCAACAUUCAGGAAAAUUUACGAGGCGAAAUCAACGAUGGGAUUCGAUUCACUAACUUAUGCAACGGCCCUCAUGUCGUCGAUGUUGUGGCUCUAUUAUGAAAAGCUAACACGAGACUCUGUGCUUAUCAUCACCAUCAAUCUUUUUGGAUCCAUUGUUGAGACUGCCCACCUCAUAGUCUUCUUCAUCUAUGCUUCCAAGAAAGCUAGGGCUCACGCCGGCAAGAUUCUGGGGCCGAUGAAUGUGGGGCUCCUUUUCUUGAUAUUCGCGGUCACAUUCUUCUUGUUCAAGGGCGAAACUCGAGCCCGUGCGAUGCACGGGUCAUUUUAAUUUCUUCAUAUUUAUUUUAUUAUGCGAAAUAAAAUUUGUGAAAUGAUAAACAAAAGAAUAUUCGACAUCCUCCUACUUUGGAUUAUACUUUUCCAAUCACAUUAA